AUGGGGAAAAGGGCAGAAGAGACUGAGCAAAUUCCAGGUUCUGGGAGCCCUGAGGCCCUGCCUGCCCACGUUACCUCUGUCCUCGCAGUAGCUGUGCUGGACGAGUUCCUGGCCGGAGCUGGGGGCCGGUUGCGGAUCCGAAGCCUCGUGGCCCAGCAGUGCCUGGCGGAGUUCCUCGGUGUUUUUGGGUUUCUCCUGCUCCUCACUCAGGGGGCUGUGGCCCAGACAGUCACCAAUGGGGAAACCAAGCACAACUUCCUCGCCAUGUUUCUGGCUGGCUCUCUCGCUGUUACCAUACUAGCCAUCUACGUGGAUGGCAAUGUCGCAGGGGCCCACCUGAAGCCAGCGUUCUCCCUGGCUAUGCGCCUCCUAGGACGCCUUCCCGGGGCCAAGCUCCCCAUUUACUCCUUGGUGCAGCUGUUGUCUGCUUUCUGUGCUUCGGGAACCACCUAUGCCCUCUACUAUGAUGCCUUACAGAAUUAUGCAGGUGGGAACCUGGCAGUGACCGGCCCCCAGGAGACAACCUCUGUCUUUACCACCUAUUCUGCCCCCUCUCUGUCUCUGAACAAUGGCUUCCUGGAUCAGGUUCUGGGCACUGGGAUCCUGACUGUGGGGAUCUUGGCCAUCCUGGACACACAGAACAAAUGAGUGCCUGCAGGUCUGGAGCUCGUAGCAGCGGGGCUGCUGAUCCUGGCCAUUGGGCUAUCCAUGGGUGUUAACUGCAGGUCCCCACUCAAUCCUGCCCGGGACCUGGGCCCACGACUUUUCACCUAUGCGGCUGGCUGGGGCCCUGAAGUCUUCAGUGCUGGAAAUGGCUGGUGGUGGGCCACGCUUGGCACAGCCACAUACCAGCUGCUGAUCGCUCUGCACCACCCUAAGGAGUCAGAGCCAGCUCAGAAUCUGGAAUUAGCCGAACACAAAGCUUCAGACCUGGAAACUCCUGCCUCAGCUCAGAUGCCGGUGGGUAAGCUAUGA